AUGGCUAGCAAAAGAAAAUCCACAACUCCCUGCAUGAUACCAGUAAAAACACUGGUGCUUCAGGAGACUGAACUGGACGCUGUAGAAGGUGAUCGUGAAGCAGCAACGCAACAAGACACCCCUGUGGAAGGGCCAGCAGCAAGUGAUGCUGGUGCCAGUAAUAACGGAGCUUUGUCUAAUGGGCACCGCGGUAUUGCCGAUAGUGACACUUACAUCUGCAAGUCUUGUGACUUUGGAUCUCAAGACGUUCAUCACUUCUUUGGGCACCUGGACUCUGAGCACUUGGACUUUAGCAAAGACCCUGCGUUUGCGUGUGUUGCGUGCAACUUCCUGGCAAAUAGCCAUGAAGGGCUCACGCAGCACAAUGCGGAGUCACACGCUGGUGAAACGAGCUUCAUCUGGAGGGUGGCGAAGCAAGACAAUCGUACGACUGUGGAGCAAAGUCUCUGUGAGGCUGCCGGCAGCCAUGACCUCCCAGGAGAGGUCCCUGAAGAAGGGGUGGACAGCCAGUCUGAAAUUAUCAUUACCAAAACCCCCAUCAUGAAGAUAAUGAAAGGUAAACCGGAGGCCAAAAAAAUCCACACACUGAAGGAGAACGUGUCAAGUCAGUUGGGCAGUGAGUCGGAGGUAAAAGAUGGAGAGCAUUCAUUCCCAAAUGGAUCCGUGCCAGUCAGCCAGCCUGCUGCAAGUUCGACAAAAUCAUCUCAUAUAGUGAAUGGCUCCAUCAUAGGAAACGUGCCCGUUCUGCAGGCGGGUGUUGCACAACUUGUGUCACUGCAGCAGCAACCCCCCUUGCAUCAGCAGCUACCUACGUCCAAGUCCCUUCCCAAGGUGAUGAUCCCCCUGAGCAGCAUUCCAACGUACAAUGCUGCCAUGGACUCCAACAGCUUCCUCAAAAACUCUUUCCACAAGUUUCCCUACCCCACAAAAGCCGAGCUCUGCUACUUGACUGUGGUGACAAAGUACCCAGAAGAGCAGCUGAAGAUCUGGUUCACUGCCCAGAGAUUGAAGCAGGGCAUCAGCUGGUCACCGGAGGAGAUCGAAGAUGCCAGGAAGAAGAUGUUCAACACCGUUAUUCAGUCUGUGCCACAACCCACCAUUACAGUUUUGAACACGCCGCUGGUUGCAAAUCCUGGGACCGUCCCUCAUCUUAUCCAGGCCACUUUACCGGGCCAUGUGGUGGGGCAGCCGGAGGGGACAGGGGGCCUGCUGGUCACGCAGCCCAUCAUGGCAAAUGGGUUGAAGGGCACCAGCUCCUCCUUCGCCUUGGCGGUGACUUCUGUCCCCAAGCCAGCCAGCACGGUGAGCUCCGGCAGCGCGUCGGGGGUGAAGGUGGUCAACAGCGGCCAGUCGCUGCUCACCGCCUGCCCAGCGAUCUCCUCGCAGACCUUCCUGGAUCCCAACGUCUACAAAAACAAGAAGUCCCACGAGCAGCUCUCGGCCUUGAAGGGCAGCUUCUGCAGGAACCAGUUCCCCGGCCAGGCCGAAGUUGAGCGGCUGACGAAAAUCACGGGCCUUUCCACCAAGGAGAUUCGGAAAUGGUUCAGCGAUAGGAGGUACCACUACAGGAACGUGAGAGGCGGCCGCGCCGUCUUCCCUGGAGACAGCGCUCUGGAUUCCCUGCCCGAAAUCGCCUUCGAC